GUGAGUUCUUAUCCCUUCUCUUCAAUCCUCCUAAAUUUCUUCAUAACAAAGAUGAGCACCACUUCUCACAUCCGCAAGAACGGAGAUGCAAUUCCGGUGGCCGCCAGUCAUGAUCUCCGGCGACAGACAGUGUGUGUGACUGGUGCCGGCGGGUUCAUCGGAUCAUGGCUUGUGAAACUUCUACUUCUCAAGGGAUACAACGUUAGAGGGACAGUCCGAAACAUAGAGGAUAUGAAGAACUUGCACUUGAAAGGAUUGGAAGGAGCUGAGGAAAGACUGAUAUUGUACAAAGCUGAUGUGUUGGAUUAUGAAAGCAUUUGUUUGGCAUUUGACGGUUGCGAUGGCAUCUUCCAUGUUGCUUCUCCGGUGACCAAUGAUCCGGAAAAGGUGAAAGUGGCGGUGGCGGGCACAAUGAAUGCAGUUAAUGCGGCAGCGAAAUCCGGUGUUCGCCGAUUUGUAUUCACUUCUUCAAUUGGAGCUGUUCACAUGAACCCUAACAGAAGCUCAGACGCUGUCUUGGAUGAAAAUUGCUGGAGUGAUCUUGAAUACUGCAAGAAAACAAAACAUUGGUACUGCUAUGGAAAAAUGUUGGCGGAGCUCGUGGCAAUGGACAUAGCUAAAAAAAGAGAGUUGGAUUUAGUGGUGGUAGUACCUCCACUGACAGUGGGACCAAUGUUACAACCCAUAUUGAAUGCAAGUUGCUUUAGGGUUUUCACUUACAUGAGAGGAACCAAAAAAGCAUACCGUAAUGCUGUCAUGGCCUUAGUUGAUGUUAAGGAUGUUGCUCAAGCUCACAUACAUGUUUAUGAAGUAGACCCUAAUGCUUCAGGCCGAUAUUUAUGCAUAGCAACAGUGGUUCACCGAAGCAAAUUUGUUCAAAUGCUUUCAGAGAUGUUUUCAAAGUAUCCCAUCACAAAUGAGUGUGAAGAUAAGGUAAACCCAAGGGUUAAGCCUUACAAAUUUUCAAACAAAAGACUUCAGGAACUUGGACUAGAGUAUACACCAAUAAAGAAAAGCCUAUAUGAAACAGUCGAGAGCUUGCAAGAGAAGGGCCACCUCCCUCCUGCUCACAUGCUUCUUGUGUCACCAAGAAUUCCUUCUUCUCUUUAAAAUAUUUAUGGCACCUGUUUGUUUACUCCUAACUGUCUCUUGUGGAAAAAGACCAAAUGAAAUGAAAAUUUUCUCCAAGCAAGAAAGAGCUGAGGUAACUAUUUAAUCGUAUAAUAUUGAGUCUGCUUUUAAUUUUUUCCUAAGAAAUAAGUGAAGUAUUUCAUUGCAGUCUCACAUGUCUCAUACACCCAAACUAAGUUCUUUAGUAUGACUUUAGUCCCACAUAAAAUGUGGAGAAGUCUUUUUCCUCACCUUAUAUAGGUUUUGUAUCAUUAGUACUUUGAUUAGGGUUUUAAGAGAGCAUUAGGCUAUGUUUUACACCACACGCGUGCACGCUUGGCUGGCUAUUCAUGUUUUGCUUCCUAACUUAAUUUU